GCAGAAUCGGGUUCUAUGGAACCUGCCUUAGGGAAACCGGGCUUCUUCCGGAACGUAAUGGUACGGUUACUAGUCUUCGGUGUUUUUGUUGUCAUUGUACGUUUCGCUUACGUCAUUACUGUCGCCGGAGAAUCCUGCACCGUCGGCGAUUUCUGCUUCUUCUCUAUCCCGCAGAGAGUUAACCUCGCCGUCGCCGGCGCCGGAUCCGGCCGAGGCCCCCUCGCCGCACGCACCAUCGCCGUAUCUUCUGGCGAAACUAGCAAGGAGUGGAUCGGCGCCGUGCGGUUCUACUCCUCGGUGUUCCAGGACCUCAUGGCCGGAGGUUACCUCUCUCCGGAGUCGAAGUCGCUCUGCGUGGAAUCUCCGGCUGGACAAGACGUCGUGGCGCUGAGGGAGAUCGGCGUCGUUGACGCCGUCGGAAUUGCGAAAAAACCGUCGAAGCCGCUGGUGAAGUCCGGCGAGGGUAAGCGGAUUCCGUUUGGCGAGGAUUCGUUCGAUUUCAUCUUCUCCGCCGCCGGAGGGAUUGAGCGGUCAUCGGCGCCGGUUGAGUUCGCGGCGGAGGUCGGCCGGACGCUGCGACCGGGAGGUAUUGCUGUUUUCCAUGUAAAGGCAAACGAUACUUACAGCUUCAAUUCAUUUGUCGAUUUAUUCAAUUGUUGCAAAGUAGAAAAAUCUCAUGAUAUAGAAGGGUUUGAUUCAUCAAUGCCUCACAUUAGAGAACUUGUUCUGAGAAAAGAAGGUGCUAGGGUUAGUUCUGAUCCCAAAUCAGGUUCCAGUUCUAACGGAAAAUGCUAUGUUCCUGGGUACAAGCAAGAAUUGGUUAACCAUGCUGAGCCUUUGAUUGAAGAGGAACCAUUGAAACCAUGGAUCACUCUCAAGAGGAAUGUGAAGAACAUAAAGUACCUUCCUUCAAUGGUUGAUAUUAGUUUCAAGAAUAGGUAUGUGUAUGUUGAUGUUGGAGCUAGAAGCUAUGGCUCUAGCAUUGGGAGCUGGUUUAGAAAGCAGUAUCCGAAACAGAACAAGACCUUCCAUGUGUAUGCAAUUGAAGCAGAUAAGCAUUUUCACAAGGAGUAUGAGUUGAAGAAAGGGAUCACAUUGCUUCCAUAUGCUGCUUGGGUGAAGAAUGAGACCUUGACAUUUGAGAUUAAUGGCGAUCCUGGCGACAAGGAGAAGGUUGCAGCUGCGAAAGGAAGAGGGAUGGGAAGGAUUCAACCGGUGAAGAAUCCCGGUGGGUUCGAUGGUGGUGAGAUUGAGAGGAUUCAAGGCUUUGAUUUUGCCGAUUGGCUGAAGAACACGGUUUCGGAGAAUGAUUUUGUUGUUAUGAAGAUGGACGUUGAGGGUACUGAGUUUGAUCUUAUUCCAAGGUUGUUUGAAACCGGUGCCAUAUGUUUGGUUGAUGAGAUUUUUCUUGAGUGCCAUUACAAUAGGUGGCAGAGGUGUUGCCCUGGACAAAGGAGUCCAAAGUAUGAGAAAACAUAUGAUCAAUGCUUGCAGCUAUUCACUUCUCUUAGACAAAGUGGUGUUCUUGUUCAUCAAUGGUGGUAACGAUUUCCAUGUGAUCAUACACACUUCCUGUAUCAUUACUGUUUCUACAUGUUUUUUCUUCAUAGUUUCAGCAAACACAGAAGAUUCCUCUGUUUUACAAAUUUCAUUACCUGUAACAGUUGCAAAUGAGAAUGAAAAUCAUCUCUUUAUACAUCAAUUGCAUUUUGUUUCCAAAUCCCAAAGUCUCAUAAUUUUCUUGUAUACAUAUAGUAAAUUUAGUAAUGGAUACUCCAACCUGUUAUUUUCUUA